AUGGCAACAGGUUUUCCAGGAAGAGGCGGUCGUGUAGAAAUUCAGGACUCGAACGAUGUCCUUUCUCUCUGCCAAAUGAAGAAGAUGAUCUGCAAUGAUCAUGAUAUCGAACCAUGGACAAUGUCACCAGCAUAUGCUCAAAUUUGCAAUGUUUUACAGCAAUUAGCCGAAGCAGUUAAAUCAAAACCACGUAGUCAUCAACACGUUGUUAAUCCAAUCAUCGGAAAAAUCCUAGAUACAUUCAAAAUCCUUCAUCAAUAUCUUAUCGAAAUCGAACCACUCAAAACACCAAUGCGUUUCGGAAACCGUGCUUACAGAACAUGGCUUACAAAGGUUUAUGACAAUCGUAAGGAAAUUUUGAAGGAGAUUUCAGAUAAUCCAGAUGUUUGGGAUUAUUACUGCCAGUCAUUCGGCUCCUGGACACGUAUUGACUAUGGUACUGGCCACGAGUUCAACUUCCUUGCUUUCAUUGCUUCAUUAUUUGCUCUUGGCAUUGUUCAGCCAGAAGAUUCAGAAGCCAUCGUAUUUGAUGUCUUCUGGGCCUACUGGGACCUCGUAGUUGCAGUCCAGGAGCGUUACCACCAGGAACCAGCCGGUUCUCAUGGUUCCUGGGGCCUUGAUGACUAUGUUUUCCUUCCUUUCCUUUUCGGAGCCUCGCAGUUGAUCGACCAUCCAGAGAUUACACCAGCCAACGUUAUUGACCCAGUCAUUGCUAAGGCUUACGUUGCAGAUUACUCAUAUUGCAAAUGGAUCGACUACAUUUACAAAGUAAAGAAGGGAGCUUUCGCAGAACACUCCAGAAUGCUCUAUUCCCUUCGUAAUGUCCCUCACUUUACAAAACUUACCGGUGGAAUGUUCAAGAUGUACAAGGGUGAAGUCAUGGAUCGCUUCCUCGUUGUUCAGCACUUCAGAUUCGGUGAAGUUUUGAAGUGGGAGUAA